AUGAUCAAUUCAAUGACUCAGAUAAACCAAUCACUGAUCAAGAUAUAGUCAUAGAACCAACUAAAAUAGAAAAUUAUAAAACAAACCAAGAAUAUGACAACAUAGCAACUAUUUCAUUAGAAGAUAAAGAACCAGAAGAACUAGAUGCCAAAAAUUGGAAAGAAAAAACAGUGCAAUAUAAAAUAUAUGAUGAACCACAACUGGAUAUCAAAGAAAAAGAACUUUGCACAGAAUGCAAAUACGUCUAUAACAAAAAAGAAUUACUUAACAGAUAUUCUAAAAACUUACCUUGUGAUAAUAAAAUACCUUGCACAUUUUGUAAACUUAGUAAUAAAACCUGUAAAAGAAAAUAUCGUACAUCAGAUAAAACAAAAGUACUUAGAAAAAUAUUUGACGCAAAAAUAAACCUACUACAUACAAUUGAAGAAGCAAAGUUAAUCUUUGAAUCACUCAAAGAACAACACGACUUUGAUAAACUCUACGAAAUACUUGAUAAUCUACAAGAUACUUCUGACAAAGAAAGUGGAUGCCCCAAUAUACCACAACAAGUAAAAGAAUAUACACCACACUAUAUACCAAGCACACCUGUAUAG